AUGCCUCAUGAUCUCGAUCGGCAAAUAAUCCUCGGACACCAGUCCGGUACGAAUGAUACCGUAAUCAAGCGACGAUUUGGCAGGCGGGCGAUCGUCCAGUGGGGACAGCUCACGAUGCUCCUCUGGCCCACCGGUGAGGGUUUGAUUCAGAUGGGUGUGGGAUCCUCUCUUCCGCAAUUGGGGCGUACACGGCUGCGCGGUGAAGCCAAGACUUAG